AAAUAAAACGGUGUUGUGAAAUCAAAGCAAAAAAAAAAAAAACACAUUACAAAGGGGAAGGGAAGGGUCGUGCGUGCGUGAGAGAGAACAAGAGCGCACUUCAAUCGACCGACGCAUUCAUAUUUCAUCAAUCUUCUUCUUCCUCAUCUCUCUCUCUCAGCUCGAGGAGAGUUCUGAGAUCCUGUUAAAUUUAUGUAAUUUAGAUCUCACAUAGACGAGCAGGGGUUGAGGUUAGACAGAGAGUAAUCGUCUAGAUCUUAAGCGGGAAGAGGUUUUGCUUUGGGAAUGCGUUGUUGGUCUCAUCUUAUAGUCUCAUCGAUCGGGUUCCUUAUUUAUUAUUUUUUCCCCGUAGCAAAUAAAAGUUUUGAUUUUUACAAUGCUUGAUUCAGCUCUUAGUUUACAUUCUUUGUUUAUUUUUUUUGUUCUAAGGUUCUAAGAUCUACUUUUCACUCAUUGAAUUGUGGGUUUUAUGGCUAUAGAGAUCUGAUCAUGGGCUUUAUUCAGAAAUCAUACUCUGAUUCUGUGGAUUUGAUUGUGUUUUGUUUUGUUUGAGUUCCUCUUUUAAGUUGUUGAUGAUAGAUUUUGUUGAAAAGGUGUUUCCUUUUUCUUGAUUGCUUUUUGUUUUGUCUGUUAUGCAGGUUAUAGCUCAGUCUAGAAUUCGUUAGGUUGGGAAAGGCCUAUACAGAACGGGAUGGCUGAGUGCAGCGUAUGUCGUUCAAGGUUGGCUUCUCCCAGUAGCAGAGCUAUAUCAAGGGCUUAUGAUAAACACAAGAUUAGAGUCUCUUCUAAACAAAAAGCCCUCAAUGUCCUUUUGGUAGUCGGUGACUGCAUGCUAGUUGGUCUACAGCCUGUUUUAGUGUAUAUGUGUAAAGUGGAUGGAAAGUUCAACUUUAGUCCUAUUAGCGUCAACUUCUUGACAGAAAUCGCAAAAGUUAUUUUUGCCAUUGUCAUGCUAUUAUUCCAGGCCAGGCACCAAAAAGUUGGAGAGAAACCUCUACUAUCUCUUUCUACGUUUGUCCAGGCAGCUCGGAACAAUGUGCUUCUCGCUGUUCCAGCAGGGCUGUAUGCCAUUAAUAACUACCUUAAGUUCACAAUGCAGCUAUAUUUCAAUCCUGCUACUGUGAAGAUGCUCAGCAAUCUAAAGGUUCUAGUAAUUGCUGUACUACUGAAGAUGAUAAUGAAGCGACGGUUUUCCAUCAUACAGUGGGAAGCACUUGCGCUCUUGCUGAUAGGGAUUAGUGUAAAUCAGCUCCGUUCUCUUCCUGAAGGUGCUACUACUGUGGCUGUUCCAAUUGCUACGGGUGCAUACAUAUGCACCUUUAUCUUUGUUACUAUCCCAUCUUUGGCAUCCGUCUACAACGAGUAUGCUCUAAAGAGCCAGUACGACACAAGCAUUUAUCUUCAGAACAUAUUUCUCUAUGGUUAUGGUGCGAUAUUCAACUUCCUGGGAAUACUAGGAACUGUUAUAUAUAAAGGUCCUGGCAGUUUUGACAUCCUACAAGGACAUUCUAGAGCUACUAUGUUUCUGAUAGUAAACAACGCAGCACAAGGGAUUUUAUCAUCCUUUUUCUUCAAAUAUGCAGAUACAAUCUUGAAGAAAUAUUCAUCCACGGUUGCCACGAUAUUUACUGGGAUAGCAUCAGCAGCACUCUUUGGACAUGUGUUAACCAUGAAUUUCCUUCUGGGGAUUUCUAUAGUUUUCAUUUCAAUGCAUCAGUUCUUUUCACCCCUUUCAAAAGCUAAAGAUGAGCAACAAAACGAAAACCUAGAAUUAGUUAAGGAAAAGGAUGGUCAUGGGGCUAAAGAGUCAUUAUUCAUCAACAUGGCAGCGGGAGCAAAUGAAGAGGCUAGUCACCGAGUUGAAUCAGACGACCGAGAGCCACUUCUUCCCAGAUAAAAACAUUCUCAGCGAAUUUUGUUACGAAGAAUUCUUUUGGCCAAGAUAAUUUUAGAGAUCAGGGGAUUUCGAUGGUAUACUAGUAGCCGGAUUCAGCGCAAUAAACUACUUCCGUGAGGUUGAGUCCUUUCGCCGUGCUGCAAUUCACCUCCAAAGAGUUAGUUAAAGUUCGUUUAAGAAACAUCUGUAUUCUUUCUUCAGAUAGAACAAUACAAACAUCGUUAUAUGUAUUUUUAAAAAUCUAUGCUU